AUGGGAAAGAAGGGCUGGUUCUCUUCAGUGAAGAAGGUCUUCAAACACCACUCCAAGGACUCGCAGGAAAAGAAGAAGGAAAAUGUAGACAAAUGGCAGCAUGAAGCCCCGGAAGUUGUAUCUGUCGAACAUUUUCCGGCAGAGAGCUCCCCUGACGUCUCCAAUGAAGAGAGCUUCAAUUCGUCAUCGGUGGCCGAAGAUCCCAACCAUGCCAUGGCCGUCGCUGUUGCAACUGCCGCGGCCGCAGAAGCUGCUGUUGCGGCAGCUCAGGCGGCUGCAAAGGUUGUUAGAUUGGCAGGAUAUGGACGGCAUCAAUCUAGAGAAGAAAGAGCGGCUACACUUAUACAAUCACACUACAGGGGAUAUUUGGCAAGGCGAGCUCUGCGAGCUCUGAAGGGCCUAGUGAGGCUACAAGCGCUGGUAAGAGGACACAACGUGAGAAAACAAGCCCAGAUGACAAUGAGAUGCAUGCAAGCAUUAGUUCGAGUUCAGGCAAGAGUUCGAGCUCGACGAAUGCAGUUGGCCAAUGACAAGCUCCGGACAAGGAUGAAACAAGAACAGGAUACGAUGAACAUGGUGGAGACGAUGGAAAGAUGGGAUGGAAGAAGCAUUAGCAUUGACAAACUGAAGGAGCAUUCCAUGAGAAAACAUGAUGCUGAGGUCAAGAGAGAAAGAGCUCUGGCUUAUGCUUUCGCCUACCAGCGUCAGGAAGAGGACAACAAUAAGCUGUUGCAAGAUGAUGAUCCAAUGGUGAUUGGUAAAGAUGGAUUCAUGCAAGGAAAGCAACGAUGGGGAUGGAAUUGGCUGGAGCAAUGGAUGGCAUCUCAGACAUAUCAAACCCGGAAUUUCAAUUUGCCGGCAGCGGCGGCGCCGCUGCCGCGAGAGAACCACUCCUACGCCACCGUGACUUCCACCACCGACGACAUGUCGGAGAAGACGGUGGAGAUGGAUUUCGUCAACGAAAACGCUAAGUCCAUCCUAAGUGGCAUCGGAGGUGUGGACUUCGCCGGAGUUGAAAGAAGCCCAUAUGUGAUGAGCCGCCAUCAUCAGCAACGGCCGGUGGAGUCGGAGUUAGUGGUUCCCAGUUACAUGGCCCCGACCCAGUCUGCUAAGGCGAAGGUGAAGACUUAUCGGGACAUAAAUAGUAAAACCCGCAGCCCAUCUACGAAGAGAGGAACGGUCGGAAGUGGAUCAGCUUUUCAGGUACCCAGGAGCCCAAAUCAAAAGACCUAUGGGGAUCGUGGCCCAAUAAAAUGGAUUAAUGCUGCUGGUGGAUAUAGCCCAGACUCGAGCAUUGAGGAUAGGGCUUUAUAUCUCCCUUCUGGCACCCACCGGAUGACCAUGUAG